UUUAACGGGUAGUGAAAAAUGCAACGAGCUCCGGUAACUGCCGAGGAACAUUUGUUGGAAAAAGCGGUUAAGGAAGAAUGUGCAUGGGAGAAUCUUCCUAGGCGACUUCAUCCAAUUGUUCCAUCAAAGGAAGAAUGGCACAAAAGGAUAAUUAAAUACUGCAUAAGGAAGAGACUUCAAUGGAGUAGUUGUUUUGCUCGCAAAGUUUGUAAAGAAAAUGAAUAUUAUGAAGACAUGAUGCGCUACUUGCAGAAGAAUCUAGCUCUAUUUCCCUAUCAUCUGGCGGACUAUGUAUGCCGUGUAAUGAGAGUGUCAUCUUUCAGAUAUUAUUGCGAUAUGAUUUUUGAAGUAAUGAAAAAUGAGCAACCUUAUGACCGCAUCCCAAAUUUUAGUGCUGCAGAUGCUUUAAGACUUACAGGAAUUGGGAGAAAUGAAUUUAUUGAUAUAAUGAACAAGUGCAGAUCAAAGAAAAUAAUGUGGAAACUGAACAAGUCAAUAGCAAAAGAACUUUUGCCUACUCAACCUGUGGAUUUUCCAAUUGAACCGUGGUGGGAAGUUUGUCUUGUGAACCUUACCUUGGAAGAAUUUAAGAAAUUGUCAAAGGAGGAAAUGGCCACAAUAGACAAAGUUUGCAUGGAAGAAGCAAAUUCAUUUGUCAUGUUUGAUCCUGACAUUGUAAGGGGUCUUUGCAAACGGGGACUGGUCUAUUUUGAUGUUCCAAUUUAUCCUCAAGAUCGGUUUAAAGGUUUCCCAAUACGAAUUCAUAUAUGCAAUACAUCAUUUUCAAAAGUUGUCUCUUAUAAAUGUGAUUUCAAUAAUAUUUAUGUUUAUGGUGGCUCAGUUUCCCGGCUUGAAGGUUUUGUUUCCAACAGGGAGCAGUCUUAUGAAGAUCCUAUUGAAGAGUUGUUGUAUGCAGUUUUUGUAGUUUCAAAUGAAAAUGUAACAGUUAGAGACUUGGCAACAACCCUACAAGCUGACUUGUCACAGUUGCAAGCUGCUGCUGCUUUUGUGUGUCGAUUGGGAUGGGCAACAAAAGUAGUUGAUCCAGAAUCUAUUAUUGGAGAUUCAACUAUACUAGCAUCACCUGUGGCAAGUUCAACUAGUGAUGAAGAUGCUUUUGUUGCUAUUCAAAAUUAUGAGAAUACCCUUUUUGAUAAUGACUCUAUUCAACAAGGGGAUGCUUCAGCUUCAGGGAACCAUGGACCUCGUUCUUCCUACACUCGUGUUGCUUUCAUAGUUGAUGCUAAUAUUACAUCCUAUCUUAUGAUGGGAUCUGUUUCACCAGGCCUGAAAUCUCAUGCUGUUACACUCUAUGAAGCAGGGAAGUUGGGUUACGGCAGCAUUGCUGAUCUAUGCAAGGAUCUUAGUACCUUGGAGGGUGCAACAUAUGAGGGAGAAUUACAGGAAUUUGCUAACCACUUAUUUAGUCUACGUUGUGUCUUAGAGUGUCUACAAUCUGGUGGAAUAGUUACCAACAUAAAAGAAGAGGGAAGUUCUGAUAAACUGAGUAUGAUUACCUCAAGUAAUGAUGGGCCAAGUUCUGAGAUAGCUGAAAGUUCUUGGGUUGAUAAAUCAGGAGAUUGUAGUAUUUUAGAAGCUGUGAUAAAUAACGAGGAUUUAAUAAAUUAUGAUUCAGAGAAGCUCGUGGAGGCUUCUAUUUACACCGAACGUGUUUCUAGUGGAAUAGAUGAUGAAACUCGUUCCAUUACUUUGGAAGAUGGCAGUGAUCACAUUCACGAAGCUGACAAGUCAAACACAAAAUUUGAUAGUAAUGAGAAAUUAGAAGUAUUUGAAAGUGCAGAUGUUAAGACAGAAAUGCUAAAAAGGACAAAAAAAUAUCGUGUAGACCUUCUUCGCUCUGAAAGCUUGGCUUCUCUUGCACCGGCAACUCUUGAUCGUUUGUUUCUUCGUGAUUAUGGUAUAGUUGUGUCCAUAGUGCCUCUUUCUCAUUCAUCAAUUCUUCCUAGACCAACAGGUCCAGUUCAUUUUGGUCCUCCCACAUAUUCUUCUAUGAGUCCUUGGAUGAAAUUGGUUUUAUACUCAACUGCAGGUAGUGGCCCUAUAUCAGUUGUUCUGAUGAAAGGACAGUGUCUGCGCUUGCUUCCUGCACCAUUGGCUGGUUGUGAGAAAGCUCUUAUAUGGUCUUGGGAUGCUUCCACAACAGGAGGGUUAGGAAGGAAGCUUGAAGGAAAGUUGGUGAAGGGCAGUAUCCUCUUGCAUUACUUAAACUCACUUCUUAAACAUUCAGCUGUGUUGGUGCUGCCUCUUAGUAGGUGUGAUCUUAAUGAAUAUGGAAAAUUGAUUACUUUGGAUAUCCCUUUGCCCUUGAAGAAUGCUGAUGGAUCAAUUCCCUCUGUAGGAAAAGAGUUAGGACUAAAUGAAGAGGAAGAUUCUAAGUUGAAUUCUUUAUUGGCCAAUUUGGCUAACAAAAUGAAAUUGUGGACUGUUGGUUAUAUUAGACUAUUGAAAUUGUUUAAUGGAGGAACAAAAUCAGACCAGUUUUCUUCAGAAGAGAAAUAUGAAUGGGUGCCAUUGAGUGUGGAAUUUGGAAUGCCACUAUUUAGUCCAACGUUGUGCAAUAGUAUAUGUAGAAGGAUAGUUUCAUCGGAGUUGCUUCAAUGUGGUUCAUUUGGUGAACACUAUGAUGCAAUGCAAAACUUAAGGAAAAAAUUGCAUGAUAUUUGUGAUGGCUACCAAUCAACAGGUCCCAUUACAAAGCAUCUUUACCAAAAAGAUCAAGCUUUUGGACAGCCUAUGGACCCUGCCAGUGGAAGAUGGAAUUCACUUAUGGAUCUUUCUCCCUUUUCAGACGUAUUAAGUGUGCGCCAAAGGCUAAAACUUGCUAAUCGACAACAUUGCCAAAAUGAAGUUUUGAGAUGUGAUGGCAGUUUUCUUAGAUCAUACACAUUAACUCCUGCUCAUGAAGCUGCUACAGAACCAAUUAAAGAAUCCCAUGAAGCCAAUACGAUAAAAACUGAACCAGAAGAAAAUGAUAGUAAAGAAGCAAUCCUUCCUGGUGUUAAUCUUAUUUUUGAUGGUUCUAGGUUGCUUCCAUUUGAUAUAGGCACUUGUCUCCAAGCUCGGCAACCUAUAUCCUUAAUAAUAGAUGCAGCUGCUGCCUCAACAUAUGCACCAUUCAAAUAGUCAUGAAGUCAUUAAUGCUUAUAGGUUACUCCACUUCAGAUGCAAUUGCACUGUCUCACUUGAGCUUAGGUUGAAGGUAAAGGUUCAUUUCUUUUUGAUUGGUGUUUGUGUGUUUUACCUGUUCAGUGUCACUUCUAUGUAUUUUGUAAGCAUUACUACUGAAACAAUGGAUGUUGUUUCUAUUUCAGAUUUUGCUAGAUCAAGAAAUUCAACAUUAUCUAAAGCUGUGAA